AUGACGAGGCGUCCGAUAUCCUUUGUCUGGUCUUUCCGCGCUACUUGCGCCAGAAGCAGGGCUGCGCGCUUCUCGUUGGGCCAUUUGCCACGUUACACGUACUUAACGCUGACACCUGAGUUGAUCGAUGUGUCGCUUUCUUCCUAUAGUAAGAGGCUCUCACCUAUCGACCCAACGCCCAUCAAUGUCGCCAUCGCUGGAAGGCGAAAGGUCGACGGCGGAUUUGAGGAGAUGGCGAAGGUCAUGAUGCGACCUUGCGGUCUUUGGUUUUGCUACAGGGAUACUCUUUUUGGAGCUGGACUACGUACACCGUGCGACAUCCAAGAGCUGGAAUUCCAUAAACCUCUUGACGGUGGCGUGUGGAAGACUCAGGAAGUCGUAACACGGUACAACAUUCCCGAACCUGAGGUGGCAGAACCAGCCACUGUCUAUAAUACAGUGAUCUACUCUCCUCUCAGGGCAUCUGUAGAGGUCUUAUCAGUGCCCCCCCUAUUCCUGCAGGAAUCCGGUCAUUCCGGUGGAAUUCCGGUGGAAUGGAAUUUAGCAGAAGGCCCUGCUAAAUUGUUUAUUCCGUUUGUUUAUUUCCGAUGGAUAACAAAUAAUAUCUGUUUGGCCAUCAUGCUCACCAAACACGACCACCCUCUUCCUCCCACCACCACCAUGCUCGUCACCGCCGCCAAACAAAUGACGAACGACGUUGUUCGUUCGUCGUCGUCGCUUUCUAAUGACAACCCUAGCACCCGAAGACGAACACGAGCACCCACGAGGCUUCACCGCCCAUAA